AUGGCAGAACUUAGAUCUCUUCGUAAGCGGGAGCACCAGAUAGUGAAGGCUUUCGACAGCGUGCAACAUUUUCUCCAGAAAUACGACCAGGAGACUGAUAGCGGGCAAGUGAACCUUCGGCUGCAUGGACUUGAGGAAGAUUUUAAGGAUUUUCUUGUGGUUCGGAGUAAGCUUGAGUUGCUGCUGGAAGAUGUUGAGGUCCAGAAACAUGCUAAAUCUGACCCAGACUUGAAGCAGGAGGCGUUGGAACAUAUGGACGAUGAAAAUGAUCGUAUUAUGCAGGAAUUUCGUGAUCGAUUCUACGCACUGAAGGCGGCGCUUGUGACUUUGCUACCACAUUUCCUACCCCCACCAACGCCACCAUCACAAAGAGGUCCCCAUUCGUCAAUUGCAGGAGAUGAUGUUUUCGGUGUGCACCCAACGCCGACAUUUUCAAAAGUGAAGCUACCUGAAAUCCGUUUACCGUCGUUCAGUGGUAAGAUCUUCGAGUGGGUAACCGUUCGUGACACCUUUCAAAGCCUCAUUCACAACAAUCCUCAGUUGACCGACAUGGACCGUUUCACCUACUUGAGAUCAUCGUUAUCAGGAGACGCAUUGCAGGAGAUUAGUUCUGUGGGCUUGUCAGCCGUAAACUACAACGUUGCGUGGGAAAUGUUAGCGAAUCGUUAUGAAAACAAGAAGUUGAUUGUGAAGGCUCAUCUAGACGCACUUUUCGCUACAGAAGGGCUCAAGAGAGAGAGCUAUGAAAAACUCAACAGUCUCAUUAGCGAGUUUGAGAAAAACCUUCAGAUGCUGGACAAGAUUGGGCAAAACACCUCCGAGUGGAGCACCAUUCUCGCAUACAUGUUGUGUUCUAAGCUCGAUUCCGCCACGCUGCGGCAGUGGGAAACUCAUCACAAUUCAAAGGAUGUACCCACGUAUACUGCUAUGCUCGGUUUCUUGCGCAAUCAUUGUGGUGUACUCCAGUCAGUGGCUCCUGCUAAAUCCAACUUCGUCGAUCAUCGUUCCUCGAAACCAGCUGUCUGUCACACAGUGGUGAAAACGUCAAACAGAUGCGCAUUCUGCAGUGAAUCGUGGCAUCCUGCUUUCCAGUGUUCUGCAUUUCAACGAAUGAACGUUCCAGAUCGUGUCGAGGCUGUCGCUAAACACAGACUGUGUCGAAACUGUCUGCGUCCAGGACAUUACGCAAAUUCCUGCGAAAGAGGGGUCUGCCGUCAUUGUCAACAGAAGCACCAUUCCAUGCUGCAUGGACUAUCCAGAUCCUCCGUUCCACACUCGCAGCCGAAACCUCCGACACAAGACGAGCAAUCGCGACCGCCAAAGGCUAAGCAACACAAUUCGAACCAACACACACACACCACCACUGCCAGCUCGCAGCGCACAAACAACACACCUCCAGCCACCAACACGCCCACCACAAGUCAAAAUUAUGUCGCACUCCCCAUCACACCUACACACAACAUACUUCUGUCUACCGCUCUCGUUACAAUCAAAGAUCGUUUUGGUAGAGCGACGCUGGCACGAGCUCUGCUAGACUCGUGUUCCCAGCACUGUCUAAUGACUGCCAGUUUUGCGAGCAAGCUACAGUUCCGUGAGACUCCUACGUAUUUGUCGGUUCAAGGGAUUGGAUCAGCUCGAUCGGUUUCCACCAAAUUAGUUAGUGCAGAGGUCGGUCCUAGGUCUAGGAUCAUUUCGCCAUUCACUGAAGAGAUGCAGUUCCAUGUGCUGCCAAAGCUGACUGUGUUACUUCCGACGACGAGUUGCAAUCCGGCCGAGUGGGAUCUUCCGGAUUCGACGUUGAUAGCCGAUCCCAGUUUUCACGAGCCUGGUCCGGUCGAUUUGAUUAUCGGAGCUGAAUAUUACAUGGACUUGCUGAAAGAUGAACGACAAAAGGCUACACCAUCAGGACCGACUCUGCAGAAUACGGUGUUUGGGUGGAUAGUCUCGGGAAGAGUUCCCAACAGUACAAAUAGCGAGCGAUGUUCACUGGUUCACGUGUGCUCGACGGCGGAACUCGAAGAGCAGCUCACCAGAUUUUGGGAAUUGGAGACCUGUCGAACCGCCAGCACCAAUUCCGUCGAAGAAACCACCUGCGAACAGUUUUUCAAGGAGACUACAGUAAGAGACGAGAAUGGCAGAUUUGUUGUGGCCCUGCCAAAGAAGGAAUACGUUAUCAGCAAAUUGGGAGAUUCAAGGGCAACUGCUCUCAAACGGUUCAUGGGACUCGAACGACGAUUUGCAGCUAACCCAGACCUGAAGACGCUGUAUUCCCAGUUUAUACACGAAUACCAAACUCUCGGCCACAUGAAAGAGGUCAUCGAUGAUACCGCCGCAGGAAAGACAUUUUAUUUACCGCACCACGCUGUUCUAAAGCCGGACAGUACCACCACGAAACUCCGAGUAGUUUUUGAUGGCUCUUGUCGAACAUCUACGGGCAUUUCUUUGAACGACGGCUUGAUGGUCGGUCCCGUUGUUCAGGAAGACCUCCUCAGUAUCACGUUACGCUUCCGUAUCCACCGAUUUGCAAUAGCAGCCGACAUCGCCAAGAUGUACCGAAUGGUUCGAGUUCAGGAAACGGAUCAACCGCUACAACGGAUCUUGUGGAGAGAUUCUAUCGAAGAGCCAAUCCGUACUUUCGAAUUGACGACCGUUACGUACGGUACCGCGUCUGCGCCUUAUCUGGCCACAAAAUGCCUGCAAAGUUUAGCCGAUGAAGGAGAAGAAACGCAUCCAGAUGCUGCUAAGGUGCUCAAGCAGGACUUCUACGUGGACGAUAUGCUCUCAGGUGUAGACGACGUGAAGGAUGGAAGGAAGUUGAUCCAACAGCUGGUCGAGCUUUUACAGUCAGCAGGAUUUUCACUUCGCAAGUGGAAUUCCAACAGUAAGGAGCUCCUACAGAACGUGCCUGAGCAGUUGAGGGACGAUCGGUCGAUCCUAGAGUUAGAUUCGUCUAGUUCAACCAUCAAAACGCUAGGACUUGUGUGGGAACCCAGUACGGACAGCUUUCGAUUCACUAUUCCAACCUGGAACUCCGCGGCUGUAAUCACCAAACGAAUAGUGCUCUCAGACGUCUCCCGACUGUUUGACCCAUUAGGCAUCGUGGGGCCUGUUAUUAUUCAAGCAAAAAUAUUCAUCCAAGAUUUAUGGAAACAAGAGUGUUCUUGGGAUGAACCUCUCCUGCCAGAGCUACAGGAAUACUGGCAAGAGUAUCGGAGAAACCUUGCUGGUUUGGAUAGCCUCUCUGUUCCUCGGUGGGUUGGAAUAUCUAGCAACAUUGUAGCAGAGGAGCUACAUGGGUUUUGUGACGCCUCUGAAGCAGCUUACGGAGCCUGUAUUUAUAUUAGGACAGUUACAGAGACUGGAUCUGUAUCAGUGCGGCUGUUGACAUCCAAAUCGCGGGUUGCUCCACUUGAAAACCUGAAGAAGAAAAAGAAAAGGCAGUCCAUACCUCGCUUGGAAUUGUCGUCAGCACUGUUGCUCGCUCACUUGUACGAAAAGGUCGUACAAAGUCUCCGCAUCUCCGUUAGAUCAUUCUUUUGGACGGACUCGAUGAUCGUUAAGUGCUGGCUUUCGUCAUCGCCAUCAAGAUGGAAGCAAUUCGUCGCUAAUCGAGUCUCCGAGAUCCAGCAUAUCACGAAGGAAGGUACCUGGAAUCACGUCGCAGGUGUAGAAAAUCCAGCAGACUUAGUCUCGCGUGGGAUGAUCCCAGCACAGCUUCAGUACCAAUAUGUUUGGUUUGACGGACCUCGCUGGUUGCUAUUGGAAGAAGCCUAUCGCCCUCAGCCCCGCCAGAUUAGAGAAGAAGACAUUGCAUCAGCUGACUUGGAGGAGAAAACCAUCACGUUAGUCCUUCAGUCAAGCACUCCCAGUGAGAUCUUCAACCUACGAUCGUCACUGUCGGAGUUAGUUCGCAUUACGGCUUUUAUUCGCCGUUUCCGGUUCAACGCACAAGCUUUCAACCGCAACUGUAGAAGGUAUGGGCCGAUCACAUCGUCUGAGCUCGACGAUGCACUGCGAGCAUUGGUUCGGCUUGCGCAAGAAGAAAGCUUUCCACAAGAACUUGCUGAUUUGUCCAAGCGAACCCACGUGCGGGACUCGUCGCGCAUUGUAUCACUAAAGCCGAUUCUCAAUGAAGGCAUGAUGUGUGUUGGCGGCCGGUUACGACAUGCAUCAGUUUCACCGAAUCGCAAGCAUCCGUACAUUCUCGACCCACAUCACCCGCUGACGAAAAUCGUAGUUACUCACUACCAUCGGAAACUAUUUCAUGCGGGACAGCAGCUGUUAAUUUCGGCAAUGCGAGAGCGAUUCUGGCCAGUGUACACCAGGAACUUGGUGCGACAGGUAAUCCACGAGUGCGUCGCUUGUUUUCGAGUUCGACCAAAGGUUCAUGACCAGAUUAUGGCUGAUCUCCCGGCUGAAAGAGUAACUCCCUGUUCGCCGUUUCAAAGAGUCGGAGUUGAUUACUGCGGACCAUUUUCAGUGGUCUAUCCACAUCGUCGUUGCCGGCCUGUAAAAUGUUUCGUCGCAGUCUACAUUUGCCUUACUACCAAGGCGAUACACUUAGAGAUAGCCGCGGAUCUUACGACGCAGGCCUUCCUAGCAUCGUUGAAGCGCUUCUCGGCUCGACGUGGAAAACCCGAGCUGAUAAUGUGUGACAACGCAAAGAAUUUUGUUGGUGCAAAACGAGAGCUGGAUGAACUUCGCAAGCUGUUUCACAACCAACAGUUCCAGAACACUGUCGCAAAGGAGGCGGCAGACGACAGAAUUGAGAUUCGGUUCAUUCCAGCACGUUCUCCUAACUUCGGCGGGCUAUGGGAAUCCGCUGUCAAAUCGUUUAAGACACUCUUCAAACGUACGAUUGGCUUGCAUACCUUGGUGUACGACGAAAUGCAGACAGUCUUGAGUCAGAUUGAGGCGAUUCUGAACUCACGACCGCUCACCCCCGUUAGCAACGACCCAGACGAUUUUGAAGCUCUGACACCAGGACAUUUUCUAAUACAGCGACCCUUAAUGGCAAUUCCGGAACCAGAUCUUGGAGAGAUCCCGGAAAAUCGGCUGUCCGCCUGGCAAAAGGCACAGCGAUUCACACAGGUUCUGUGGAAAAAAUGGUCGACGCAGUAUUUGUCGAAUCUGCACAAUAGGACGAAGUGGACACGCCAAAGAGACAACAUACGUGUGGGCACUAUGGUUGUUCUCAAAGAAGAAAAUUUACCUCCGUUGAAAUGGCACCUAGCGCGUGUGACGGAGAUUCAAACUGGUCCAGAUGGGAAUGUACGAGUGGUUAAAGUACGAACAAAGGAUGGUAGCUACCAACGAGCAAUCUCGAAGAUAUGCGUGCUACCCAUCCGCGAUAAUAUUUCUUUACCAACCGAGGAGGACUAG